AUGGAAUGCAUUGCUCAAAGGUAUUGCAACCUCUUAUUUUAUGCCAGAAUUUUAUUGGAGCUAACGCUUAUAUGGGAGGAAUCGACCUUCAAUUCUGUUUCUAUUAAUGGGUAUUUCCGCCAACUGCUAGAAGCGCUGGAAUUCCUUCACGAGCGACAUGUCACUCAUGGUGACAUAAAAACUUCAAACCUACUGGUCACGCUUUCCGGGGACAUCCAAGUCACCGACAUCUCGCUGCCUCAUGCACCUAAAAACGACAAACACAAGCGGCGAACUCUUCUGCAUUGUGCACCUGAAAUGUUCAGAACAAAGGACUCUUGGGAAGACAUCACACCGGCUACCGAUAUUUGGGCAGCCGGUUGUGUACUGGUGGCUAUGGUCACACGACACGCACCAUUCCAAGAUCUCUUUCUAUCGUUAUCCACACAGGAAUUACACGAGAAACUUCUUGAGGCGCACCGACCAGGUUCUCCUUGUGCGUUGAAGUACGGAAGUCAAACGCUGAUACCAACAUCGAGCAAGGAAUUGGCCGACUUGGUCGAUGCCACAUUCAAGCGUGAUCCAGAGCGGAGGCCUCGAGCUGGCGAGUUAUUGGAGAAGUUCUUCCCAACUACGAAAACUCGAACAACUUCUCGAAUCUCUCAUUCCGCUCGAGAAUCCAUGAAGCGCGAGCCAUUGAACCAUAAGGAUCUCUACAUGGACGAACCGACGCCUACAGAUGCUGUCGACGCUCACAAGACCCUACUCCAACGGCUGUACGAAGCUGCAGAACGACGCAAAAAUGAAAAUGAUGAGGAACCACUGAAAACGUGCAUGAAAUGGUACGGGUCCCGUGUGCUCAUAUUCGGACUACUACUCCUCAAAUGGGUAGGCAUGGUGUUGUUGGCAGCUUUAUCGUUGGCUUUUGUUGCCGGAUCUGUUUUCUUCGCCAUUUACGUGAUCUACAGUGGUAUCGGUGUGGUGUGCCAGUGUCAGCUAAAUGAAGGUAAGUGA